UAAACAAGCGAGAAGUGAGCCUGUGAAAGAGACGAAUCUACAGCAGAAGAUAACUGAUGACAAUACGAAUGAUAUUAAUCUCGCAAUGACAGUGACGUCAAUAUUCCCCAAUGAGAGUGAUGGACGUUCAUCAGAAGAGCUAUUUAACGUCCCAAUGGAACAGUCCAUGCAAUCGAAGAUAUUGAAAUGCAUUGAAAAGCUUUAUUCAGAUAAUCCGGAAUUACGAAAGAUUGCUGAGGACGUCUCAUGCGAGAUCGUAGUAAACAAAUUAAAUGUACAUUGGGAUGACGUUAUAGGCCUAGAAGAAUGUAAAACCGCUGUUAAGGAGGCCGUUGUGUAUCCCCUUAAGUAUCCUAUCUUUUUUGAUGGCCCGUUUUCCCCCUGGAAAGGUAUUUUGCUGUACGGCCCACCUGGUACAUGUAGUCUGGUUCUUGGUGUCGGGUACUUUCCUGAGAUUUAGUAUCGUAUACAGCAC